UCACAUAAAAAUUAAUGUAGCACUCUCAGUCACCAAUUUAAGUUAGAAUUUAAUUUUUACUUUAUUAACUAGAUUAUUUAAUUAACUAAUCACUACACUUUUUUUAUUUUAAUGUGAACAUUUAAAUCUGUGUACAAUGUGAAGUAUGUAUCUCUCUAUAAACAUUUAUAAUUAGUACAAUAUUAUACUUAGUUUACUUAAAAAAAAAAAAUCGUGAUCUAAAUUCAGUAAUUUAAGUUGGAAAAAUGAAUAGUAUACGAAAUCGAAUGCCGCUAUGUUCAAAGCAAGUUUUUACAGGUAGACGAUUCAAUUCAAAUUCAAAUGAUUUAACCAAAGAUGAAAACAAGAUUUUAUAUGAAAAAUUGGUGAAUCAAAACUAUAAUAGUGAAAAACAUACAGAAGCAAGUUCUUUUGCUAAAUGGGUAACACCUCACUAUAAAUUUGGGCCUUCACGUAUCAUGAAUUAUGAUUGGUCUAUGAAAAGCAUAUAUUCUUGGUAUAAAAGUAAAAGAAUUGAAUUUCACAAGUACAAUCAACGUUAUGUACCUGAACGAGUAAAAUCACUAGGAAGUGAUAUAGCUGCAUCACAUUUUAUUGUUUAUCGAGGUGGUGCAAUUAGAUUUCGAGGACAGAAUAACUUUAUUAAAUGGACUAAUAAAAAAGAAGAGUACCAUGUUAAUUUACCACAAAUUUACGACCCAAAUUACUUUGUUGAGGCUAUUGAUGCUUCAGAUCUAAAGUUGUAUUACCAAGGAAUAGAAAACUUUAAAAAUCUAUUUAAAUUGAAAUGGCUAAAUUUAAGAAAUAACCCAGUUCUGGACAAUUGGUGCCUAGAUUACAUAGGGCAUGCAAUACCUAAUUUGGAGUAUUUGGAUAUUUCCAACUGUCCUCAAGUAACAGCUGCUGGUAUAGCUGGUCUUCAAAAGCUAACUCAACUCAAAAUAUUAGUGGUAAAUAGUAAUAAUAUAGAAAUUCAAAUGGCAUGCUUUGCAUUGGAAGACAUAAUUCCUGGAUUAUUUAUUUUAAUUCAGGAUAAUAAAGAUGUUGAAUUACAAACAAAAAGAGAAAAUUUAAAUGUUAAUGAAGUAUAGUAAUA